AUGAGUAGAACCAGCUACCACCGAUUAAUCAUGGAUGUUGUGUCUUUUAUCGUCGUAUUGCUCAACUUGAUUGCUAUUCACGUAUAUUUCCGGCAAGAUGCAAACCAGGCAUUUAUCGGGAAUGCGAGAAGUUUAAAGUUUGGAGUUUCUGCAGCCAUUGACACCAUAAGAGCUAAUGAAUCUCUCAGGGAAACUGAAGCUUUGAUCUCCAAUGGAAAUAGAUUCAAGUUAUGUUUUUACAGCCCGUCAAAUAGCAGCCGACGUUACCUCGGUAUCAUGUACAAUGUCCCGGUGAUGACUGUUGUAUGGGUGGCUAAUAGAAAUAAGCCUCUCAGUGAUUUAUCUGGAACAUUUCAGAUAUCAUCAGAUGGCAAUCUCGUGAUCUUGGAUGGUCGAAAGGAGAUUAUGUGGUCGACAAAUAUUUCAUCUUCUGUUACGAACUCUAGUGCUGUGCUCUUGGAUACAGGGAAUCUGGUUCUGCAAGAUAACUCCAACGGUGCAUAUGUUUGGGAGAGCUUCCAGCAUGCUUCCGAUUCCUGGUUAGAGAAGAUGAAAAUUGUUACAGAUUUGAUAACGGAUGAGAAGAAUAUGUUGACAUCGUGGACAAGUCCUGAUGAUCCAGCACCUGGAAGUUUCACCGUAACCCUAGAGCCUUUGGACGUACCUCAGUCGUUUGUUCGCAAGAAUGGUAGCCCCUACUGGCGUACUGGUCCGUGGAAUGGUCAGAAAUAUACUGGGGUUCCGUCCAUGAGCUCACAAUAUCGUUACGGCGUGAAGGUUUUCAGUGAUACUCCUGGAACUCUGUAUCAAACACUAAUACUUUCAAAUUCAUCUGUGUUGCUAUACGUUUUAUUGAACUCUUCAGGGAGUUUAGAGCAGAAGGUGUGGUCUGAUGACAAUAAACGAUGGGACGUAACAUGGUCAUCAACAAGUAACGAGUGUGAUAUGUAUGGUAAGUGUGGACCUUUCGGAAGCUGUGAUGCUCAAGACAGGCCAAUAUGUUCCUGUCUUCGGGGCUUUGAGCCCAGAAGCAAAGAUGAGUGGGAUGCGGGAAACUGGACGAGUGGAUGCUCGAGGAAAACUCGACUCCAAUGUGAACAGAAUAAUUUUGUUGGUAAACAAGAUGAGUUUCUAAAGGUGGAGGGAAUGAAGUUGCCGGAUCAUUUUAUAUUUUCUGGUUUAUCAGAAGAAGAAUGCAGGGAUGUGUGCUUGAUUAAUUGUUCAUGUAUAGCUUAUGCAUAUCCUCCUGGAAUCGGAUGUCUGCAAUGGACUCAGAACUUAACAGAUACUCAGAAGUUGGCUUAUGGCGGUGAUGGCUUGCACAUUCGGUUGACACAUUCAGAAAUAGCAGAAAAGAAGCAAUACCACAAAGCAAUUAUUGUGACAGCAGUCGUUUUGGGGUUUAUACUUGUUACCAUAUGCGUAUACUUUUUGUUGAAAUAUUUGUGUUACAGAGGAUAUUCUGAAGAAAGCACACUCAAACAUGAUGAGCAUGGUGUUAAACUUGAGGAGUUGUCUACAUUUAGAUUUAUGAUACUCUCAAAUGCAACCGAAAAUUUUAACCGUGCGAAGAAGCUUGGACAAGGUGGCUUUGGUCUAGUUUACAAAGGGAGAUUACCGAAUGGGGUAGAAAUUGCUGUCAAAAGACUAGCAAGAUCCUCUAACCAAGGGGUGGAGGAGUUCAUGAAUGAGGUUGAGGUGAUUUCAAGGCUUCAACACCGCAAUCUUGUUAGACUUCUCGGUUGUUGUGUCGAGUCCGAAGAAAAAAUGCUUGUUUAUGAAUAUAUGCCCAAUGGAAGCUUGGAUGCCUAUCUCUUUGGUUCACAUAUGCAUAAGCUUCUUAGUUGGAAAACACGCAAAGUUAUUAUUGAGGGGAUUUGUCGAGGCCUGCUUUACCUACAUCGGGAUUCAAGGUUAAAGAUCAUUCACAGAGAUCUCAAGGCAAGUAAUAUCUUGUUGGAUGAGGCGUUUAUCCCCAAAAUUUCCGACUUUGGUAUGGCAAGGAUUUUUGGUGGAAAGGAUGACCAAGCCAACACAACAAGGGUUGUUGGGACAUUUGGCUACAUGCCCCCGGAAUAUGCAUUACGUGGAAUUUUCUCUGAAAAAUCGGAUGUGUAUAGCUUUGGUGUCCUACUAUUAGAGAUUGUGAGUGGAAAGAGAAACUCCAGUUUUGAUGAUCAACAACUCUCUCUUACAGCUUAUACAUGGAAAUUGUGGAAUGAAGGCAAGAUAGUGAAUUUGAUGGAUGUAGACAUCUUUGAUAGUGGAACGGAAGAUGAUAUUGUUCGAUACGCAAAUGUAGGUUUAUUGUGUGUGCAAGAAACGGCAGCAGACAGGCCUAACAUGUCUACAGUGUUGUCGAUGCUUAGCAGUGAGAUCUUGGAGCUUCCUCGACCAAAGCAGCCAGCGUUUCACGGGAUGCAUGGUUCUCAAUCCACAGGGUCCUCUACUAAAUGUUCUGUAAAUAAUGUUUCUAUUUCUAUAGUUGAAGGAAGGUAAAAGACCUGAUUGAUUCUGUAUGUUUAUUUGAUACAAUUGUUUGCCUCUUAUGUAUAUUGUUGUUGCCUUCAAUCUCCAGGCAAUUAACUGAUCCGGGAGUAGUAAAUUAAGAAAUUAAGAGUACAGUUCAAA